UCGGGGGGAAAGCAGUGAUCGUUUGGCUCACCAAGUUAGUUUUGCGAUUACCCCAAUGUCACAUGUGCUACGUAAAUUAACAUGGCUAAUCAAGACCUCAAAGUAAUCGUCAUUGGUGAUCAACAAGUUGGAAAGACCAGCAUCAUUCAGGCCCUUCAAGGCUUGCAAUUCUCACCAAUAUAUGUCCCUACCAUCAUUGAAGACAUCUGCGUACAAUUGAAGCCCAAUCUUGACAUUGUAUUUGCAGACACGUCGGGUGAUCCUGAUUACGACAAACUAAGACCCCUGUCAUAUCUCGACUCUUGCAUGGUAAUGGCAUGCUAUUCCAUGAAUGAUGCACAGUCUUUUACGAAUAUAUCACACCGCUGGAUCCCCGAGAUCAAGCACCUUCUCCCGAAGGCUCCCAUCAUUUUGCUUGGACUCAAAUGCGACUUAAAGUUAAAUGACGUGAAAGAUGAACAUGAUGAGCCUGAUGUUGUGUCUUCCCCGACUCCCAUCAGCCACAGACCUAAUCUGAAGGACUUUCCGCAAGACCUCACCCAUUUAGAUGAUGAGCAUUUCCAGCUGCCAGUGAAAAGAGUCUCAUCAGAACAAGGGAAAGUCUUAGCAUGGAAGCUGGGCAUCGACGAUUAUGUGGAAUUAUCUGCCAAAGAUCGGACGGGCAUCGAGUCUCUCCGAGCUUCAAUCCACGCGCAACUCUCCAAAUUGGAUAAGCAUUUUAAAUGGCGUAAAGUUUCCAAAAUGAUAGCUUUGUAAUAAACGAUCCAACUACCAGA